UUGCAGCCAAUCAGCUGUUUGCGUGGCUAUUUUGUAUUUGCACGCUUUUUAGCCGAACUUUCCAAUUUUUGUGUGGAAAUGACCAACUCCGAGUUCCAGGCUGUGGUUUUGGCUGCCGGACGAGGCACCCGUCUGCCCGAAGUCUUGGGGGAUGCCCCCAAGUGCCUGCUGCCGGUGGGCCCAUAUCCGCUCCUUUGGUACCCCCUAAAUCUGUUGCAACAACACAACUUUUCAGAGGUCAUUGUGGUGGUCCUGGAGCAGGAGAAGCUAGAGAUCCAGCUGGCUCUGGAGAAUACCCCGCUCAAGCUGAAACUCGACUAUGCCACGAUACCCAGCGACAGUGACUUUGGGACAGCGGACAGUCUGCGCUACAUAUACGACAAGAUCCAGUCCGACUUUUUGGUCCUGAGCUGUGACCUGGUCAGCAAUGUGAGCCUCUAUCCGCUGAUCAACAAGUUCCGCGAGCACCAUGCCGCCUUGGCUUUGCUCCUCUUCCCCAGUGGAUUCGAGUCCGAUGUGGUGAUGCCGGGCCCUAAGAGCAAACAUAAGCCGGAGCGUGAUGUGAUUGGCAUUCAUGCGGCCACCCAAAGGUUGGCCUUCCUGUCCGCGGCCAGUGAUUGCGAGGAGACCCUCAACAUUCAGAGGCAUCUGCUGAAGAACCGGGGCCGUCUGGAUGUCUAUAGCCGCCUGCUGGAUGCCCAUGUGUAUGUGCUGAAGAAGUGGGUCAUUGAUUACCUGCACAGGAAGGAGAAUAUCUCCACUUUCAAGGGCGAGUUCCUGCCGCAUUUAAUCAAGAAGCAGCACGCAAAGAGACCCCUCAAAACAGUGCAGGAUACCACCUCGGAAGUGGGAGUGGUGACCAAGAAUGAGGAUAAUGUCUUACACUACGUUCCUCACUCUAUUCUGGACCAGAAGAUCACCCAGACGUCUCUGUUUAAUCAAUCUCUGUCCCAAACGCCCUACCAUGGCGAUGUGGUGCGCUGUUAUGCCAUCCAGGCGCCCAAGGAGGCCAUUGGAGUGCGGGUCAAUAACACCCUCAGCUUUCUGGCCAUCAACCGGAAGUUGGCCAGCAUUUGGAAUGAUCUUUGCGGUGAAACGCAUCCACUGAUCUCGCCCGGAGCCCUGGUCAAGUCCACCCAGACGAAGGAGAUCAUAGCGGCCGACAAUGCCAAGCUGUCGGAGAAGACCUCACUGAACUUUAGUGUUUUUGGUCCCAACUGCAUCAUUAACCCGAAGAACAUCGUGGCCAACUCCAUAAUCAUGUCCAAUGCCGUAGUGGAGGAGGGCUGCAACAUCGACAACUGCAUCAUUGGCCACCGGGCGCAGGUCAAGAGCGGAUCAGUACUGAAGAACUGCAUCAUCGGACCCAACUAUGUGGUGGAGGAGGGCACCCACAGUCAGGCAGUGCACCUGUCCAACGCGGACCAGUACAUGGAGAUAGACAUACAGUGAGCGGCUAACUUAAUGUGGCUUCCUUUAUUAACGAAUUGAGUUAGAAGGCGGAUUCUUCUAGCAGGACAUUAAAUAUUACAAAUAGGUA